UGUAAACUUUGGACUAACAGUGUCAUUAUUUACCAAAUGACACUUCAUAACAACAGCCAUAAAUAAACGUUCAUGAAGACUCCAUGUUCAUAACAGGUGCUAUGUCGUGUUUAUGACAUUAUGCCAGUCUAUGCACACCCCUUCAAAUAGAAUUAUUAUCAACACAUUUUGCAAAAUGUGUUAUUCCUUUUUGCCGUUCACAUGCACAUAUUGUAAGUCUUGUUAAAAGCCAAAUUUGUCUUAUUUUUAAGACCAUUCAUUCAGCCAGCUGACCUGCAGUGUGCGGUGGAAGAGAGCGGGAGCACAGGGUUACUUUAUGCUUCAAAAAUCUGAAGUCCUUUCUGCUCGCUCCGCCAUUGUAUUUAGUGUAUUUUGGCGUUGUAUGUGGCCAGAUGGCAGCGAUGAGCAGACGCCUGCUGUGUCCUGGUGAAUCCGGGGAGGAACUGUUGGUAGUGAGUAUGACUUCAUGUACCAGGUAAACCAUAUGACAACCCAGUUUCUUUGGGAGACAUAAAUCUGUAAAGGUGUUGUGGCAAAGUUUUAGCUAGGGAUGUACCGAUGGGAAAAUUUGGGCUGAUAUUGAUAUCCAGUAUUGAUAUUGCUGUUACAGCUGAUAUUUAUUUUUCCCUGCCCUUCUGACAUCAAGAAUAAACAACCACACCACUGAUAUGGUUUUUCUGCUUCAGUUAAGCAACCUCCAAACCAUGUGACGCCAUGCCAAAAAGUACUUUUUACACUAGGAUGGAAAUUAAUAUUGGUAAUUAACAUCUGCACAUUCCUACUUAUCACGCUCAUGUCGAUAUGCUACAUCGGCCGAUACGAUGUUAAUGUAGAUAUAUCGUGCAUCCCUCGUUUUAGCAGUUUUGAAACUUUAAUUGUAAUAUAUUUAAAUACCUAUUUACACAAAUGUAUAAACAGACAGAAGACACCAGUCUUCCUUUAGGGUGAAAGAUAUAUUUGUCAACAGUUGUUCGACCCUUGGCCAAUGAUUUUAUUUAAUUUAAAAAUGACAAUGACAGAAAAUUUAAAAAUGCCUCAAAGCUGAAUAUGGAAAACUCUAUAAAAAUGUGUGUACCACACUGAACUUGGGCCACAGGAAGCCAAGGAGAUGAUGGUCAUUAGGAGAUUGUCCUUUGGACAGAUGAGACAAAACUGGACCUUUUUGUCAAGGCGUGUCAGUUCUUUAUUCACUGAUGCAGCACUGAAGCACACCAAGAAAUGAACUCUUGGUUCAUUUCUUGAAAAAUGAAAUGUGUUAUAUUCUGGGGCUGCUGUGCUACAUCUGGUGCAGGGCGUCUCGAUGCAGGGUAUGAUGAAAUCUUAAGACUCUCUGGGUAUUCUGGACAGAAAUGUGCUGCCUUGUCAGAAAGCCUGAUCUCAGUCACAGGUCAUAGGAUCUUUCAACAGGAUAAAGACUCAAAUGACCCAAGAAUCACCAAGAGCAAAACGUUGAACUAUUCUGAAGUGCCCUUCACUGCUACAGGAAUUGUUCGAUUACGUGGAUUGCCUGCAAAGGUUGUGGAACAAAACAUCAAGUACAGGCACCAUUGUUUUUGUUCAGGCCUGUUCCAUUAGUUUAUUUUUUGUGUUUAACCAUACAAAAGUGAUUUUCACUGGUUUAUUUUCAGUAAACUUUUAUUCAUUAGUACUUUUGUCAGUUUCAAGUUAUUUUAGAGACCACUGUGAGUUUUUCAAUCAACAGAGAGGCACCAUCUGCCUCCUCACCACAAGGUGUGCUCUUUCACUUUUUAUUGCUGUGCUGCCGUCUGUAAACGUGUUCAUCUUGAUCUGAGUUGAACAUUGCUAAUCUCUACUUCUGUUUGGUACUUUUAUAUUAAUAACACUAGGCUACAAAAAAAAUUUUUUUUUUGAAGUUUUGCACCGCUGAAUCCAAAAACGACAUUGAUUUUUCUCAAUCAGGUCAGGUUUUUAUUCUAAAUUCAUGUAAAGAAAUCUGAUCUUCUGACUAAAUUACAUUUUUGUGACAUUAUCAGUUCAUUUCUGUUCAUAUUUCUCAUCCAACAAAUGUUUCAAGGAAAAAAGGUCCAACACAGUGUAUUAAUUAAAUGCUACAAACUUGGAUUUCUAUAAAUUGAAUAAUAAACACUAAGGGUAAGUACAUGUAAAUUGAACAUUAUGUCUUCGUUGUGUAAAAUUCUCCGUCUCUUUUCUGUCCUGAUGGAAUCUCUCCUCCUGCUCAUCACUCAGGGAUCCGGAUGUCAGAACAAGUCCUGCAUUUUGAUGCUCAUGUUGCUCCAUAUUCAGAAAGUUGAUCUGAUUGAGCAAAACCAAUGAGAUUUUUGGAUUCAGCUCAUCAACAUGACCCUAACACAGUUGAAAACCCCCUGACAAUUUUUUUGGCUGCUGACCAGAGUUAUUUAUGCUGCAAUAUUUUAAUUCCCUUUGGGAGAUUUUUUAGGAUGCAUUUUAAUAGCUGUUGUGCUCAUUGGAAAAACCACAAUAAACUUGGAAAUGAAAGAGGGUUUACAUCAUUAAUAUCAACUUGAAAUUUAUUCUCAUACUAGGGUGUUGAGGUAGAGCAGCUGCCCGUUUAUGGCAUCUCUAAGUCCUUGAUGCAUUCAGUUCCUGAGUCUGGGCCUUACUUGCUCUUUACCUAUUUUCUGUCUUAUUUGCUGCAAAUAAAGGCCACUAGAGCCAGAAAAACCUUCAAUUUCUUUUUCACUAAAGCUUGAUUAAAAGUGAUGUCAACAAAACUGGACAAUACAGUUUUCAAACACAAAAGCUAAGGAUCUAUUCUGAAACAGCCUUUAUAUAAAAUGUGAAACAUUGUCCUUUAUUGGCAGGACUUUGCAGGGACAUUGGAAGCUGUAUUUCAAUAUGUCAUUUUAAUAGAACACCCUUAUAACUGUGAACAUUACUGGUGAAGUUUAUUUGAAACAUGAAACUAUGUCAGUUUUACCCAUUUUCACUUUAAUAUGUUUAGUGCUGUAAGAACAAUUUGCCUCUUUACAGAUUUCUGUUUUGACCUUUUUGUCAUGUUUCAGACCAUUAUGAGACCAUCCAUUCCAUCCCAUCCAUUUUCUAUACACCCUUGUCUCUAGUGGGGUCAGGAGGGGUGCUGCUGCCCAUCUCCAGUGAGACAUUUGGGGUGAGUGGUGGGGUACACCCUGGACAGGUCACCAGUCCAUCGCAGGGCCAUUGUCAGACCAGUAAAAUCUAAAUAUGUACAAAAUUAUUUAAUUUAUUAAGGGAGACAUCCAAACCAAGCUGCCCUUAUGGGAAAAGUUGAUCUACUUUAUUCAAUCACAAAUUAAUCAUAUUUUUGCAGUUAGUUUUCACGGGCCACACUCAGGUCUGAUUACUGAUUUGACUUGUAGAAUCAAGAAAUAUCACUGAACAAGAACCUGACUGACAACAUGAGGUCGGCUCAAAGAUUUGGAAAGCCAACACUUUUGACUGACUCAAACUAAAGAAAUUCAAGGCAAAUAGUAAACAGUUCUACUGCCAUCAGUUUUCAAAAGGUAAGAAAACCGUUUCUAAGACUUUGGAGCUUCUUCCCAGAAUUAGCAGGCCUCCAAAAAGUAUUACAAGAGUAAUUUAUGUGGUUGGUGCAAAACACACAGCUAGCCAGUUCAAAGGAUGGCUUCAAUCUGAUUGGUUUGCACAUCAGAAUCAGCUUUAUUGGCCAAAGUUCUGUAGAAACAAGGAAGAAGAAAUCUGACUUUAAUUUUACAUGCUCUUUGUGUACAGACUUCACAUAUAGACAAAUCAUUUUGGGAUAGAUGAAAUUUAAAAGGAAACUAAAUCAAUAACCCAGAAGAACUUCUAAAGUUCUGCAGGUUUCACCUGUCUAAGUUAAGUUCUGAGUUAAUGAUUCACCAACAAGAGACACUGGGCAAAAUGGCCUCCAAGGCAGGGUCCAAAGCCAGAAUCACAGCUGGUAAAGAAAAAACAAAGACAUGCCUCUUGUUUUCCAAAAAAAUCUAAAUCUAAAUAUUGUUUGGACUGAUGAGACAAAAGUGGAACAUUCUGGAAGACGUAUUGGUCAGGCUAUAUGAUUGCAUCUGGUGUUGGACGAGCUUAGUGUUUUAUUACAUUUACAAUUAAGAAUCCUGACCAUUAAUGCUCCCAUUUUAAUACAUUUUGAUCUGAAAACCGAGAAAGAGGACGGCUCAAAGAACAUGAGUAUUACUCCUUGGCACCAUCGUCUCACAAGCACAAGAUCCCAGGUUUAAAUCCUGCCUGGAGCCUUUCAAUGCUGAACUUGGACACUGUUGUCCAGAGGAAAACUGCAGCUCUAAAUGUCUGACAAGAAAUGUUGAAAACCAGAAACCAACUGCUUAACUGUAUUCCAUGUGCAGGUAUGUUGUUUUUUUUAACACAUAGUUGUUCCGAUAACUGUGUUAAAAAGGAUAGCAGUUGAGCUCAGGAACUAUACCAUUUUAACUGGACUUGAAUGAAAAUGAGAUCUUGAAAAUCAAUUCCUUGUUAAAAUAGAAUGAAAUAAAACAGUGAAACUAAAAAAAAUACAAACAUUCAGCUGUUUGUAUUUUCUGGAUCAAAUAUUGAUCCAGAAACCAGCCUGGGUUAUGGUUUAAAAUCCAAUUAAAGAAUGCAAGCAGAUUUGUAUUUCUGAACACCUUUAGUAUCUUAAAAUUUUUUUUUAAAAAAGGUAAAUGGAAAUAAGCAGGGGAAACACAAAAUAAUUCAGAUCGAUACAGAGUGGAUCUGGAUCAAUUAGUUCCUUCAUACCUCAACAUUUACUUUUCCUCUUGCACAAACCAUCUCAUAUUUAAACAUGGUCAUUUUUGCUGGUAUUUAAAUAUUUCAGCAAAUUAUGAGAGGUUAUAAAAAUGUUCAAAUCAAAUUUGUUUUAAUCAAAUUUUGAAAAUUGUAAUUAUUUCACAGGAUGUAUGAUAUAAUAUUAGCGUCAGCUGAUGUUUGUGGGUUCUAUUAACAAAAAAACAAAAAAAAAUAUUUAUAUAUAUAUAUAUCGGUCCAAUAAGUAAAAUUGUGCCGACAUUAACUGAUUUCCAUCUUGGUCGUGUGACAUUAAUAGUGAUGCAGCGCAGGAUUCAAUUGUGUUUAACUGAAGAAAGAAGCAAUAACAGCAGUAGUUGUGUUUACAUUGACCAUUUACUUGCGCAGUUUGACAUUUCAAAAAUGAAUUUGACAAAACUCGUUUUUCGAUACGUUUUUAUCACUACGAUGAUUGGCUGAAUAAAAAUUGGUUUAUUUCACAAAACUGCAAUGAAAAACUUUUAAUAAACACCUUUUUUUUCGCAUCACGAGUCACAGGCUCAACAACCGGAUGUUGCCACUCGCGCAAACCACAAAGAGGAGGAACAGGAAGUAGUUGAAGGACUGUGGCACCGCAGGUUUUAUGAUGACAUGGCACGUGAACAAACUUUUUCACGUGUGAUUUUGUGUUUCUUAUUCAAUGGAAACAUUGCCAAAUUGUUUUUUUUUUUUUUUCCAGAAUUAACGGAAUAUUGACAAAGUUUCGCACACAGUUUUAUUGAAACACAGCUAAUGUGGUUGUUUUCUCAUCGUGUAUUUUUGGUUGGAUAUCGGCCCAGAUUUUCACAUUUGUGCAUCCCAAAUACUGAAAUUUGACUUAUGCAUUGAUAGAAUAUGAUGCUUGUUCAGAUCAAAAAACAUGGUAAAAAAAAUACCUUAAGUCAUCAUUUGUUGAAGCUGGUUAAGCUUAGCCAAGUUUAUGGACAAUGUAAAACAUUUUUAUGACAAGCAGCUUCAUUCCAUUCUUGACUUUUUAGAUCAAGAAAGAUUAAACGACAAAAACAGGGCAAAGGACCUCCAACUUGUAAAUUAACAUACAGUCAAUUAAAUUGUCAACUUUUGUGGAGGGGAAGAUGGUGAGUCAUAUCUUUUAUUUUAGCAAUAUCUGUUAAUUACAUCACCAGUUACCCAAUGUAAAGACACGAACCAAGUACAGCUCCAUGUCAACGAGCUCUCCCGGUGUUUAACGUGGCACAACAUCUCGCGUGCAGUUCAUGUUAGUACGACACAAAAGAAUACAUCAGAAUAUAACUUACCAGCGUCAUUUGGCAACAGCGUCAUACCAGCAAUGCUAUCCUUUACAACAGCGCCCCCCGUGGCUAGGUGUCUCCCCCUCCCAACUACAAUCAAACGGAAGUCGAAGGGUUCUGGCCAACAGACCACGCCCAUACUGCAAGCUUCCACAUCCCGUCCCGAAUAUCUUCAAUAUGCACACAAACACACUUGUUAUCAAAAUAUAUGAUUCUUUAACAUGCAGUGUGAUUUGCAAGCAGCUAUGCGGUCUUCUUGGUUCCAUCCUUCACGGUCCAUUUGUCCGGUUCGGGUCUGUAAGGGAGAUAACAGAGUCGAGACAAAUAACUCCCCCCGCCCCGUGUGUGUUACCCUACUCCUAAUCUCCAUCUGCGGCCGCCAUGACGGGAUGACGGUGUUUAAACCCGGCGCAAACAACAAGACUCAAGACAAUAUAUUAAAUACAGAACAUCGAUGUCCACAUCUCGAAGACGAAGACUAUUAAAUUAAAUGUGUUCACACAACCUAAUGUUAAAAGAACUGUCAAACGUCAAAGCACGGAAACAAUAAAGAAAGCACUAUAAUAAGAACAAAUAACCCGUUACAAUCCAGAUGAGUUUUGCUUCCGUCGCAAUUUCUUUAAGCUGUACUUCUAUUCACAGAAGAAAACAUGGAUCCAGAUGCCUGCUCGUGUUGAUCUGAGAGAGCUCACCCUCGAGCCUCGAGUAGCUAGUGACAUGUGAACCCCGAGAGGAAGGCGUCAGACGGAGAGCAGAACCGCCCUGGGUCUCUUCCUGUGGGUAUCCAGCGUCAAAUCCUGUACUUCUCCGUUGUUUGCGUAGCACGAACACGUUUCACCCAGGUGGCUUUUGUAAGAUGGCGUCUGAGUCUGCGCAGUUCCGGAAGAAGAGGACUGUGAUGGUGACGUAACAAGAAAAAAAAAGCGUGUUAUGUUUUUUUUUUUUUAACAGUGAAUGGUCCUCAUGUGCACGCCAGACCGAUGGAGUUAUCGACGACAAGGACGGAUUUGAUGUGGCAUCAGGACACACUCCGUGUGCUCCUAUAGGCAGAAGGAUGCCAUCUUGAAAUAUUAUGCCGAGAAGUGGGAUCCUUCUGGGGUCGGUUCAUGGCCUCUUUGAAGACUCGUCAAGGUAUGGUGAUCCUGAAGGAAGGGGUGACUGCCCCUGCAGCAGCUCCAACGGCUGAUCAUUCACCUGCAUGCCUUGUGGCUGUAAGACCAGGAAAGGUGCAACACAGUGGGACUGUCCAGGGCAUCUGUGUGUCCACCAGUGAAGCAAAUAUUAGUGGAAAACAGAAGAUGCACCCAGCCAAGGAGGCCAUCAUGAAGAUGGGUGAACUCAGGCAUCCCACCUGUAUAAACUCUCCUUCUGAUGUCCUGUCACCUGACUGCGACUGUAAAGAUGUCAAAGUGACACUAGACAACAACGGCAUGUGGAAUGAGUUCUAUAAAUGUAGAACAGAAAUGAUUCUGACCAAGCAAGGGAGCAGAAUGUUCCCUUACUGCCGCUUCCGCGUCACUGGCUUGCAGUCAUCAAGGAAGUACUCUCUGGUCAUGGACGUUGAGCCUUUAGACGGCAGUCAGUAUAGGUGGACGGGUGAGAGCUGGCAAGUUUGCCGAAAAGCAGAGCUUCACGUGAGGAGUAAGCCUUUCGUUCAUCCAGACUCCCCAGCAACAGGUCAGCACUGGAUGCAGAGUCCAGUGUCCUUUUACAGACUGAAACUCACAAACAACACCUCAGACCAGGAGGGGAACAUUAUCCUGCAUCCGAUGCACCGCUAUUUACCGCAACUGCAUGUGGUCCAGGCAGACAAAGCCAUAGAAGACUUUAGACUGAACGGUCCCAAUGUUCUCACUUUCACUUUCCCCCAGACUGAGUUUAUAACAGUCACCACAUACCAAAACCCCCAGUUUACCCAGCUGAAGGUGAACUACAACCCGUUCGUUAAAAAACUGAAGGAGGACCGGGUCAAUACAUGUGGCUUAAGACUCAAAGGAAACGCAGACAAAGAUUCGAACAGUUACGAAGGCAAGACGAACACUGAGCAGCAUCCCGUGAAGAAGAGCUUAAAGAUUUUGCUAGCAAACCACAAACCCAGAAAUUCAAAAGCAUUGGACAUGAAACUAUCACCGCCAAAAGAGCCUCAGGAAAAAUCCACAACGAGCAACACCCAGCCAGCCGCUGCCACCACUCCAGUGGAAAGUCCCAGCAGCAGUUCACGUCCAGUCCCGAAGUUAAUUUCUGAGCUAAUUUGCGAGGCUCAUGUCUCAUUGCAGAGAUGUCACAAAGAGCAACGUGGCAGCAACCACAGCAACUCCUCUGGAGCAGCACAAGCCAACACUACGUCCACAACUUUGACAGACAGACUGACUAAACAGAAUAUUGUUCACAAGAACAAUGGAUCUCUCACUACAUUCACCAGGAAAAGUUCAACUGUUGAAACAACCAGAAAUGUCAAAGACAACGAACAUCUGUCUAACUCUAACUCUAUUGCCGAUGCCAGAACAGUCUGCUCCUCUGCUGCUCCUAUAGAAGAGGAGGUUUCCUUGAACAAAUCACAUCAACAAUGUAACGUAGGUGCCGAGUCGGAUGGUGUGAAGCAACAGAAACGACCAGCUCGACUUCCCCUACCAGCACUUGCACUUUUUUUAAAGCAACAUUCAACAAAAUCUAAGAAGGCAAAGAACACACCGGAGUCUGCUCCUCAAGCACCUCUGCCCGAGUCCUGUGGUCCUCUGAGUCCUGCCGCAGCGCCUCAACAGGAAACCAGCGUCAAGCCCAUCAUGGAGGACUGUGGAGGAAACAAUCUUCUGCCAGAUGAAAAGCUUUUAAAUGUUACUGAACAGGCAGCUGAAACGAAUCCCUCCAGCCCAUCCGGUCCAGACCUUUUCACUGCUUCAGAUGCAGCAGUUCCAGAUCCAAAAGCUAAAGAUCCCUUCAUCACAAUUUCUGAAUGUUUAUGCUCAGAGUCAACAGCCCCUGACCAUAAAGCAUUGAUAUCCAACUCUGAGAAUACAUUCGACUCGCUUGAGAUGUCUGCACUCACCCUUUCUGCAUCGUCUACCUCUGGAUCACCUGAUUUGUCCUUGCAUCUCAGUUCGGCAUUGUCUCUCCCGGACUCCCCCAAAGCAGCAUCAGAGUCCUCUACACCACCUUCAGGCUCCCGCUCCUUGAAGAUCGACUCUCUGCUUCCGGACCCUCAGUGUUCCUCGUUCGAUUUUGACCCUUUGUCGCCAGCGAGCUCCCCAGAACCUUUACCUCCUCUUCCAGCCUCAUUAGCUUUAGAACUUGACUCUGCAACAUCUGCUGCAGCUAGUACUCCGGAACCCCAACACUGCAGAAACUCAUCAGUCUUUAAAUGGCAUACGGUGUUACCUCUGUCUGGGACAUAUGCAAACUCGUCUUUCACAACGUUACAGCCCCAGCAGCAGUCGUCUCCUGUAAUGUCGGUCACUUCGCCUUUGUUGUCCUGCCUUCCUGAACCACAGAGUGUUAUAUCUUCGACGCAGACCACUCCAAAAGACUCUAUUCCAUCAUUUCAAGACAGCGAACAGUCUCUGCCUUUCCCUGCAGAGCUGUCCCCCCUCACUCUCCAGCUCCCACUGUCUCCAACCUUCUCUUCACUGGACGAAGACGGCUUGUCGCCCACAACUUCCCUCUCAGAGCUUGUGCACUUUUUCUCCACCGACGACGACAUCGGGGUGGAGUUUUCCAACACGGACGUGGCGGCCGUGACCAGCCAACCUUUGCCAGUUUUGGAACCGGCACGGCCCUCUGUGCCGGUCCUGCCAGUCUCAAGCAGCAAGCCCUGCAAGAGAAAGAAAUCAACGAAGCUGGCCAGGUUGGAGGUGGGUCAGACUGGGAAUGAGUACAGGAGUAAGCAGCCCAAAGUUGAAGAGGUUGAGGAGCAGCUUUUUGUCUCUUUCACAUCAAAGGAGGCCCUAAAACUCCACACUGCUGAGUCAUCUGAAGAGCUGCACCCUGACCCUCAGCUGACCCCUGACCCCAAACCUGAGGAAGAGGCGGACGACGACAGCAGCAGCAGCAGGGAGAGUCUGGAGGAGACAAUCGCAGUUCAUGAGGCGACUCUUCUUCAAGACUUGAAGCUUAUGAAACACAGGCAGGUCAUCCACCCUGUGCUGCAGGAAGUUGGUCUUAAGAUGACCCUCCUGGAUCCAGCGCUGUCCAUUGACCUGCAGUACCUGGGAGUCUCUCUUCCCAUCCCCCUUCCUGGAGUCGUUACGGAGCCACUGACCCAGACGACCCCAACCUCUCAGGGGGGUUUUGCUUCAUUUCAGUCCAGAACUGGAAAAACUACAGAUUUGACCCAGAUUAAAGGCUGGAAAGAGAAGUUUACCCCGUCAGAGGCCGAAUCAACGUCUGCUCCAAGACCUGAAGCUGGUCCCAGUGCCGACCUGCCAAAGAAGAACCUGUCUGCGUUCUGCAGUGACAUGCUGGACGAAUAUCUGGAGUCUGAGGGGAAACUGAUCGACGAGCGCGCCUCCAGUUUCUCCCAGCCACCAGCGGAGGCGCCGUCCUACCGGCUCCCGGUGAGCAGCACCAGCUACGUCCGGACUCUGGACCACAUCCUGAAGAAGCCCUCAGCCGGCUCGCCUGCCUCAGACAUCAUAUCUGGGUUCAUCCCGCCAUCAAAGAGAUCGCGACUCAAAGAGAGCGCAGCCUGCCGGAGGGCGGAGAGGAAACCCAGAGGUCCCAAACCGAACAGAAUCAAAACUGCUUGUGCUGCUUCGGACUUUCCAGAAGCUGUGCAGUUGCAGUACUCCGUUCCUGGUUCUUUGACCACAGAACCUCUGAAUGGGCCCGCUUUUACAAAGAGGAGGAGGCUGAAACCCAGAGCGUCCUCUCAGACCCUCUGUGUGUCCACGCUGCUCAACGUGUCUGAGGAAAUGGCUCCGCUGGAGUCCGACUCUGAGCUCAAACCAGACUCAGUGAGGAAGCAGCCAUCCAAUCACUCUGUGGAUGGCCAGAGAAAGGAGAGCAGAGUCACAGUGACCCGGGCCUACGCCAGGCUCAAGGAGCUGGAGGACAACGUGGUUCUGGAGGGCCGCUUCCAAACCGGCAUCACCACAGAGAGGGCCACCGUUGCUCUGAUGUCCCUCUUCACUCAAACUGGUUUUGUGAGAGAGAAUCCGACGGCGCCGAUCAAGCUAAGGCAGAGACAAGCUCUGAACUGUCUGAAUGGGUUCUGCAGGCUGGGGUGCGUCUGCUCCAGUUUGUCUCACUGUUCCAGGAUCAGCCACUGCGGCCGGCCGCUCUGCAUGUUCGGCUGCGGCUGCCUUAAGCAGAAGGUGGUUCUGCUCAAGAACCUGGACAGCUCCGACGCCAGCCCCUCCUCCCUGCAAUGCAAACUCAAGAAGAAGAGGAGAAGGAUGAUGAAGAUGGCCUAUGUCCUGAAAGAGGCGGAGACCGUGGCCCACCCUGCGGAGCGGGUCCGGACCCUGUGGAGGAAGAACGCUGACGCCUCUGAUCCAGAGCCAGUCCAUGCGCCGAAUGUGGCUCCCUUUCUUCAGCCACCUUCUGUCCAGGUGAGAAGGAAAUAUCGCAGCAGCUGUGCCAGAGUUCGAAGUUUCAUCAGGAAGACACAGAAACAGAAGGAGGAAGAAUCCAAAAAUCUGAUGUCAUCCAGGAAUAAAGAUGCAGGACUGAAAGUCCACAAACAUGGAGAACAAACCCCUACACAGACUAAUGUUACCACACCCAGACCUCCUUCUGCAGCAGAUGCAGGCGAAUCACCCAGCGCUAGCCCUCCGAGUUCUUCAGAAACACUCCGUUCUAAACCAUCGAAACGCCUCAUGAUCCUGGCCGACUGCAAGUGGGUGAACGACAGCGACCGCAGCUACGUGUUGAAGAAGCUGUGUGAGGCGAUGGCUCAGGAUCAACUGGACAGACCUUUCUGGAUCAAAAACUACCUCAUCACUCCGAUCGACGAGACAGUGGAUGAAACUAGCGGAAACAGGUGCAUCGAGUAUAAGGUCCAGAUCUCCACACCCAUUCUGGACAGGAAAAAGGUACCAGCCAAAAAACCAGUGACUCCUGGAAGGAAACGAGGCAUCAAACCAGCAGCUCAACACAGACAGGACAACCGCUCUGAUUUGAUUUCAAAAAAUAAGAAGCCUCCUAAAAGCUCGAAGAAUGUGAUGAAUCAGUCUUCCACAGACUCUGUGUCCAUAGAGUCUGUAGAAGACUGGCAGAAGGAGGUGAUGGAGGAGGAGCCCAUGGCAAAAUGGCAGAAGGAAGUGAUGAAGGAGGAGGAGGAAGAGCUCAUGGAGGACUGCCAGAUGGAGGUGAUGGUGAAGGACAAGCCCACGGUAGACUGGCAGAAGAAGUUAAAGGUGGAAAUGGAUCCUUUGGAGCAAUGCCAGAAAGAGGUGAUGGAGAAGAAGGAGCUUAUUAAGAACUGGCAGAACAAGUUAAAGGUGGAAGUGGAGGCUACGGAAGACUUUCAGAAGGAGUUGACUCCUACGAAGAACCCUCUAAACGAGGUGGAGUCAAUAAAGGGGUUCCAAAAAGAGGUGGGGUCUACAAAGGACUUCCAAAAGAAGGCGGAGUCUAUAGAUGACUGCCAGAAAGAAGAAAGGGAAGAUUAUAUGGAGAAGGAUGGAGAAGGCUUCAGACGUUAUAAGGCUAGACAUGAGCUGAAAAGAAGCACAGAAGGGUUAAAUUCAGAUAAGAAGAGGAGGACUGGCAUGUCUCUGCCUUUCCCUUUACUGGUGGGAGUAUCACCUUCUGGCUUUCUCUCAGCCAAUAAGAAAAAGCCAGGAGGAUCAGCAGAUGUGAUACAGGUCAAUGGGAAGCAAUACCCUUUAGCAAAGAUCAAGUUGGGCAGGAUGGGGGCGCUUCAUCCAGCCAAUCGUCUGGCAGCUUAUCUAACAGGCAGAGUGGGGUCUACGAAGCCGCGACAGUCUUCUUCAUCGUCCGAGCCGUCUUGCAAUCUUCAGAGUUUGCCCCACGUCACCUCUUCAGCUUAUUGUGUCCCACCUGCUCCUGCAGCCCCCACUGUUGCCCCAGCUGUGGUCCAGUCACAGCCACCAGCCACUCAGCCCACUCUUCCCACUCCUCUUCCCACCCCUUCUGCAGACUCUGAGCCACAGAACUUGGUUGUUGGACCUCCAGACCCACCUCAGAACUCGACCCCUCCUCAGCCACUGCCGAUUCAGGUUCCAAAUCCUCCUAAUGUGGCUGCUCCUUUGCUCCUGCCCCGGAUCACUCAGUUCCCAGGCCAAAGGAUGGUCCUGAAGCCAGUGCGGUCACCACCGGGUGUCCAGUAUUACCGAAAACCCGACGGAGCUUUGGUCCAGCUGAUUCCCACCAGCCAGCUGAGGCCUGGUAAUCCAUCAGCAACUGUUCAUGGAGGAAACUCUGAGGCACAAAACUUGGUUGUUGGACCAUCAAACCCACCUCAGAACUCGACGACACCUACGGACCCCCAGCCGCUGCUGAUUCAGCUUCCAAAUCCAAAUCCCCCUAAGGUGGUUAAUUUGCUCCAGCCCCGGAUCACUCAGUUCCCAGGCCAAAGGAUGGUCCUGAAGCCGGUCCGGUCAUCAGCGGGUGUCCAGUAUUACCGAAAACCUGACGGAGCCUUGGUCCAGCUGAUUACCUCUAACCUGCCGAGGCCUGGCAAUCCAUCAGCAACUGUUCAUGGAGGAGGCCGUUCUGCUUCCUGCGCCCAGCUGCCUCCUGUAGCCACGGUGAAGAGGCCAGCUCUGACCAACCUCUCCUCUUCAUCCUCUGUGGUUUUACCUUCACCAUCCCCGGGAGCUUCGUCUUCCUCCUCCAACCCUCCCCUGCCGCCAUCCGUUCUUCUGUCCCCGCAGAACACCUGCACGUUUAGAAUCGUCCCCACCCACCCGGUCAAGGACCCCAUCUUUAUCCAACUCCCUUUCCUGCCCCGCACCCAAAUGGUGGGAUCAGAACGGGGCCUCAUACGGCUCCAGGGCCCCAGCCAACCUGUGAACUACACUCCCCCGAAUCCCGUAGUGUGUGAAAAAAACGACAGUCCAGUCGAGCGCCACGGCGAUUCACCGCAAACCCUGCUGACCGUCCAGACGGCCGCUCACAGGGGGCCUCCACCUCCGUCGCGGUCCCCCCUGCCUGAGCCCACCCCGGACUGUCACGGCCCUAAAGAGGAGUUUGCCUUUGACGCCAUGGACCUGAACGUCGUGUUUGUGGACGAAGUGGUGGACUUGGUGUCCAGCAGCGAGACAGAGGACUCGUCCGACUUCAGGGAGUCUGACAGCGAGGACGAGAAGAAUCAGAAUGCAAAGCGCUCUAAAGGAGACCUGGAGAAGAAGAAAAAACAGCUGAGGAGUCGGGAUGGAAACCAGUCAGUUCUGCCUCCGUCAGCAGCGGGUCAGGCUGCAGCUGGCAGGACGGAGGUCCAGGGUCUGAUCUACAUCUCGUCUGAGGAGGAAAGCCCCAAGAGGAAAACCGUCACUAAUGGCACUGCUGCUGCUGGUGAGCUGACAGGUGACGGCCAGCUGGGAACCGGUCAGCAGGAGGCUUGGAGCGGUAGUUUGGAAAGUCUGGAGGGGAACAGUGGAUGUGGAGCGGCUCAGCAGCAGAUAGAGAUGACCAUUAAUUCAGACUUGGAAAUUGAAGUGGACUCCGGAAAUUCUCAAAGGACCCAGAUUAAAGUUCAGCACCACGAAUCCAAUGCAAGUUGCAGAAAGCAUCGAGCCCAGAUGAAGCAGCUCUUCCUCCAGUUGAAGAGGGAAGUGUUACCAGCCGAUGACAGCAUGUCCAGAACCUCCCUGCUGGAAAAGGCUGUGCUGCUGAUCCAGGAGCUGAGGAGCUGUGAGGAAGACCUGAAGAGGAAGAAAAGCAUCCUGGAGCAGAGACGGGACGAGUUCCUGUCCAUUCUGGCUCCGACAUCAGAUGAUGGCCAGAUGGGAACUGGUCAGCAGGAGGAGCUGGAGGCUUGGAACGGUAGUUUGGAAAACCUGGAGGGGAGCAGUGGAUGUGGAGCGGCUCAGCAGCAGAUAGACAUGGCCAUUAAUUCAGACUUGGAAGCUGAAGUGGACUCUCCAAUCUCUCCAAGAACUGAGCAGCUUGGUCAGGCUCCUCAGGAGGUCCAGAAGCUUCUGACAGAGGCGGAGAGCCUGUGGUCCAAUCAGAGCUUGAAGAAGGAAGAUAAUCAAGAUGCACACACUAAGAACGUCUGCGGCACACCAGGGACAGAGACGCUGCAGCACCUGCUGACCAAUCAAAAGCAGCCUGAGAAGGAGGGGAGGCAACACACAGCCAAUGACGUCAAAGCGGAGGGCGUCCUCUGUGUAGCUGUCCCUACAGGAGACGUUGGCCCCCUGAAGGCCCCCCCCACUGCCGUCCAGCUGCAGCCUCUCCGUCAGCCCGUCCUUCACGUGUCUGCGGGCGCGCCGGCUCCUCCAGACACGAAACGGAUAAAGACCGUUCCAAACAUUCUGUCUCGCAGCAAGAACCGAGAGGUGCCUCAGAAAACGUCAGCUGAGAAGGCACCAUCCAUGGACAAAGUGCUGUUUGCCGCUCCUCCAGGAAGUACACCGCACCGAACCCAGGAGCUUCAGCCGCUGCUGGCUGCAGCUCCGCCUGCGUUUCUGCUGCUGUCUGCUGAACCCAGCCAGAUGGGAGUCCCCCUGCCGGGGCUGGCCCCGCCUCCUCAGGCUCUGGCCCUGCCCCCUAAGGGUGCAGCUCCGCCCCCUCAUGCUCCGGUCCCAACCCCUGGUUUUGCUUACCUUCCCUUAGAUGUCGGACAGUCUGAUCCUUCUGGACAGACGGCCCGACAGGACUCAGACAACGAGAGCCUGUCUUCCCUCCUUAAUGAAAUAGUUUUUCUUAACCAGCAGACUGUUGCCACGGCUACAACAGCCGUGAUUGAUCCGCCGGUGGUGGGCAGAUCCGAGGAACAGAAGCGUGCCUCUGAGCACCCAGGGCCAAUUUUAGGGAACGCUAAUGAAGGUGUGCUGGCCCCGCCCCCUCUGCUGCACAUGAAGGUGGGAGGAGCCAAAGAGGCGGGACUAGGCAGUAAUAACGGAGCAACAGUGGGAGGGGCUGAGGCCGGGGGCGUGACCUGGAGGCCCAUGCCGAGGCUGGUUCCUCUGGGGCUGAGGGGAAACUCCCCCAGCUGACUUCACGUCACCCGGGCAACGACCAGGAAUGACUAGGAACGGGUUUUCUUUCUGCUCCCGAAGUCGAAUCAGACAGAUUUAUUCAACACGGCUCUGAUUUUUCUGCUUGAGCUCUCACAACCGCCGAGUUCUGCGAUAAAGCUGCAACUUUUCUGCUUUAGACUUUGUGGACUGAGAUGACGUCAGCCGCCUGGAGAGAGAAGCCGAUCCGCUGAUCUCCACACAUUUUGGUUUUCAUCCUUUGAUGGACACCGAAAUCCACACGAACUAUUCAACAAGCUUUCGUCUUGCAGAUGCUGCCACCCAAGAAAGUCUCAGCAUAACCAGGCGCAGCCUUCGUUAGCAGAAUGAAAGGUGUUGAUGGAAAAAGAUGGAUGCUUCAAAAUCAGACAGCAGAAACCUGGACUGGUUCACAGUCAUCAGACUACAGACUCUCAUUUAUAAUAAAAAAAAAACCUCAAACCAAGUUAUUACCAACAUCCACUCCACAGUUAUAAUAUCUGAGAGAAUAUAAGUUUAUGUCCCUCGAAGAAUAUCUUCUUUUUUUUUUUUCUAAAUUUGACUCUGUGAAGUUUGGUGUAAAAUAAUAAAAAAUCCACUUUCUCUUAAAUAUUGUUUGCUGCUAAAGUUUCUACUCCUACUUUCAGUCAGAGGUUUGUUGACAUGCAGUAUUCACUUCCUUCACACUGACCCACUCUUCAUGUUGAGCCUUCUCCUGAAACCGCAUGGAAUGAUUCCGGCAAACAUCUCCGGAGUAAAAUGGUUCAGGUUCGGUUUCUUUGUUUGGAAGUUCAAAUAAGUGCAAAUUGUUGUUUAAGAGUUUUGCCUCCUGUCGCUUAAGUUUGGAAUUUAUUUUUAUUUGUGUUAAAAACUUUUGAAGUAGGUGAUGUUACUUCUUUAACACUUUAAUAUUAAUAAAGUUUUUUUUAAGUAAA